AUGCUUCUCUUAAGAGAUCAAAAUACAGGAUCUUCAAACAUGGAAAACUCGAAGAAGCAGGUCUUUUUCGGAACGUUUAUUUCCAGCAAAAGCCCGAAAGAACUCAACUACCAUCAUGAUACCCUUGUCUGUGUUGAUGGAGAGGGCAAGAUUGUCAAAGUUGACACUAAAGGUUGCGACCGAGAUCAGCUUGAACAGAGACUUGAUGAACUACUGGGCUGGGAACUGAGUGAAGUUGAUGUUCAUAUCGCUAAACCUGGCGAGUUCUUCUUCCCUGGGUUUGUCGACUCCCAUGUUCAUGCAUCUCAGUACCCGAAUGUGGGAAUAUUUGGAAAAACAACACUUCUGGACUGGCUAGAAAAAUACACGUUUCCCCUCGAGUCCAGUCUCAAAGACUUGAACAAGGCGCGUCGAGUAUAUGGUUCAUGUGUGCGACGAACACUUUCUCACGGAACAACAACGGCAGCUUACUAUGCGACAAUCGACGUAGCGGCGACAAACCUUCUUGCCGAUCUUUGUCUGGAAAUCGGACAAAGAGCUCUUGUAGGCCGCGUGUGCAUGGAUAACCCGGACAUGUGUCCCAGCUACUACCGCGAUGAGAGCGUCCAAGAAGGACUAGAGAAGACGAGACAGACUAUUCAGCACGUGCAAAAGAUCGACCCAGGGUUCAAGCUGGUUUCGCCUGUGUUGACGCCGCGCUUUGCACCGACUUGCUCUAGCGAGUCGAUGAAGGGGUUGGCAAAGAUCCAGAAGGAGCUAGAUCUUCCUGUACAGACACAUGUCUCGGAGAACGAAGGGGAGAUUGAACUAGUUGCGGAGUUGUUUCCAGAAUCAGAGUCAUAUACGCAGCUUUACGACGAGUGCGGCCUGUUGACUUCCCGGACGAUUCUGGCACAUGCUGUGCAUUUGACAGACGAAGAGGCCAAGUUAAUAGCAAAGCGUGGAAGCAAGGUCUCACAUUGUCCAUGCAGUAACAGCUCCCUCACCAGUGGAUCCGCUCGAGUGCGCUGGCUUUGGGAUCAGGGCAUUACUGUUGGUCUCGGCACGGAUAUGAGCGGCGGCUACAGCCCUUCUGUUCUCGAAGCGGCACGGCAAGCAGCUCUCGUCAGUCGGCAUGUCGCCAUGGGUCUGCAGGAAGACAAGGAACGGAACAAGUUGACAGUGGAAGAGGUCUUGUACCUUGCGACUCGCGGCGGAGCACAAGUGGUCGGGCUUGAAGAUAGAAUCGGUGGGUUUGAGGAGGGGAUGGAAUGGGAUGCGCAGUUGAUUCGACUAGGAAGUGUUGAUAUGGAUGGAAUCGCAGAGGAAGAUGGCAACGUCAACAUCUUUGGGUGGGAGACUUGGGAAGAGAAGAUUGCCAAGUGGUUGUUUAACGGAGAUGAUCGGAACGUGAAGCAAGUUUGGGUGAGGGGAAGAGUGGUCCAUGCAAGGCAGUAG